AUGGCGAGCACUAUCGAUGAACGUGUGUGUAACAGCGCAUCGUUUCUAUUGCAAAUUCAAGACAAAUUGACCAUCAAACAACUUAGACCUGAAGAGCCAGACAUAAAACAUUUGUUUGUCAAUCAAAAGAUAAGGAACUUUGGACAAGCAAACACUCCUCUUAAAAGAUGGCUGCUUGAUUUUGCCACCAGCAGGAAAGAGGCAGAGUUGAGGAGUGGAGUUGUGAGGAAGGACAGCAUGUGGGAUAAACUCAUCUUCAGCAAAGUGCAGGCCAGUCUGGGUGGGCGUAUGAGGCUAAUGAUCACAGGAGCUGCUCCAGUCUCUCCCACUGUACUCACCUUCCAAGCAGCACUCGGCUGCCAGUUUUACGAAGGUUAUGGGCAGACAGAGUGUACCGCAGGCUGCUAUGGAGACUGGACAGCAGGUCACGUGGGAGCGCCGCUGCUCUGUAACUUUGUUAAGCUCAUGGAUGUGGCUGAAAUGAAUUAUUUUACAGCCAGCAGAGAGGGAGAGGUUUGUGUGAAAGGACCAAACGUAUUUUAAGGUUAUCUAAAGGACCCAGGGAGAACUCGAAAAGCCAUAGAAAAACAUGGCUGGCUGCACACUGGAGACAUUGGCAAAUAGCUUCCGAAUGGGACUCUUAAGAUCAUAGACAAAAAACAAAUCUUUAAGCUUGCUCAGGGUGAAUACAUUGCUCCUGAGAAGAUUGAGAACAUCUAUAUCUGCAGUGAUUCUGUGGCACAGAUCUUUGUACAUGGAGACAGUCUAAAGGCAUGUUUAGUGGAUAUUUUGGUACCUGAUCCAGACUUCCUGCCAAGAUGGGCAAAGAAAAGAGGCACUGAGGGCUCCUACAUCUAAAUGUGCAAGAACAAGGAAUUUAAAAAUGCAAUUCUAGAGAACAUUAUUCGGCUAGGGAAAGAAGCCAGACUGAAGUCUUUUGAACAGGAAAGAGACGUUAUUCUGCACAUGGAGAUGUUCUCUGUUCGGAACAGAUUCCUAACGCCAACAUUGAAAGCAAAGAGAACAGAGCUGAGGAGCCACUUCAGAGAGCAAAUCAACCAGCUUUAUGCCAAAAUCAAAAUGUGAACAACGAGAAAGAGAGUUUACACUAAGUGCGAGAGAUGUGAUACAACAAAACUAGAACACUCCAAAACUCGCACACUUGCAGUGUAGACAGCUUUGUGUAUUAUUAAUGGCUUUGUUUUGUUGCUUUGUUGUAUCACUCACUUGCAAUGAAGACAUAGUGAAAGAGGGGAAAGAAAGACCACUGCAGCUAUUCUUGUGUUCUUGGGUUCUCCUAAGGCAAGACUAUUACACUCAAAAAUGAAGCCCAAUUGAAGUUCUAAAGUGCAAUUGAUUUUCACCACUUGUGGGUACUACAGUCAUUUCUCAGAAGUUGGCAAUCACAAUCCCACCAGCGAAGCACAUCCCAAACAUUUCACGUGCCCUACUAUUUAUCUGUUAUGACAGUUAAGCAAGCCAUGUAAAAAGCGAACUAACCCAAUGCCUUAGACCAGUGAAUGCCUCUAACAAACAUACUGUACCUAGAGCACACCUCAGUUCAAAAUAAAUUACACCUAGGUAACAGUAUUUUCUAUAAAUGUAUAAUUUUGAUUGUGAGUCACAAGUCUGGCAGUUGUUUGGAAAACUGACUCAGGCUCUUGACAAACUUGCUCCACUGCAUCAUAUUGACUUAAAACAGAGAAUAAAUUAUUUCCUCUUGAAUUGAUGAUAGUAGAAUGAGAGCAUCACGAGUUAGUAUUUGUUGCUCCUAAAAUUCCAUUGAUAGCACUUUGAUAUCUCAACAGUGCCUCUAUCCUAAAGAUUAAUGCUUGCUUAUAGGUUAUCUAUUUAUAUUUUUAAAUGUUUGAGUUCUGAUUAAUGUAAAUGAAAAUUGUCUAAAUUGUUAUUUGAAGCAUGCAAGUGUUUUAAAAUGAAAUAAAACAAUAACAUUGUAUUUUAACCGUGGGGGUUUAUAUACCUUUUCUUUAACUUAUCGUAUUAUGUAAGUGAAUGCAGGUCCCAGUUGAGAAAAGAAUAUGGUUGACUCAGAGGUGUCUUUAUAAUGUUGUUUCAAAACUGUAUGACUUUGAUUUGUGGCAUGCACAAAGACAAAAAUUCUGAAGAAUUUCCGAAUGAAAGUGAAUGAGGACUGGGGCUGUAAAGCCCCAAAAUGGCAAAAAAGCAUCAUAACAGAAUGAUCCCAGCAAGCAAAUGUAUGUUCUUAAAACAUUUUCCAAACUUUACAUUGUUGUUGUGGGAACAUGAAAAUGUCCAGUUUUCUUAACGUUAGUAGAACGUUAUUUAAGGUUAAUAACGUUAUAAGGAUGUUCCAUUGACAUUUUAUUAACAACAUCCCGUUAGUGGGAUUAAUGUAGUCCAUAUGACUACUGAAUAAUAUUCCACGUCUUCUGAAGCCAGCUGAAAAUUUAAUUAAUUUAAAACAUCGUAUGACUUCAGAAGACUUGGACUAUACAGUAGUGCAUGGGUCGUAUGGGCCACUUUUAUGUAUUUUUGCAGCCCUCAUUCACUUUCAUUACAUGGGAAAGAGUAGCCAGGAUACUCAUCAAAUAUCCACCUUUUUGUGUUCUACAUAAAGUCAUUUGGGUUUGGAACAGCAUAUGGGAGAAUAAAUGAUGAAAGAAUUGUCAUUUUUGGGUGAACUAUUCUUUUAAGUCUCUGAAUGACUACACAGAGAGCAAGCUUAAUGAUUUUAGUAUACUUGAAAGAGAGUGAAACACAAAACGCAAAGGUGAUGCUUAUGCUUGAAUUAAAGGAUGAGAAACAGCUUUCUUUUCUCUGUCUAUCUCAUUUGUAUUGUCAUACUCUCAACAUUUUUAGGCUACUGACAUGCCUGAGUAACUUCUUAAUACAAAUACCCUUCUUGUGAUUUUAGAAACUGGUUUCACUAGCUGUCAGUGUCUUGUUUGAUCAGCUCUAUAAAGGCUGGGAGCAAAAUAACACGCUCUUAGCAACCUGACUAAUCAUGAAAGAUUGUUGCAUGUUAUGGUAGAGUUUUUCUCAACUAUGUUGUGUUCCACCUC